GAGGGAGGAGAUUGGAUGGAAGAGCGGGCGAUCAAGAUGCCCUUCAAUAAAUCACAGAUAAAUUAGCCGCCGGGUUUGAGGAAGAGAAUAUCUCAUUCUGGCCGAGAGGAAGAGGGGAAGAAAGGGAAAACAAGAGGAAGGCGCGGCAGAUUGUCUCCAGCGGAGCCCCACAUUGACAGAGUGAAGAAAUGGGAGUCGCCCAAACUUUUCCAACACAGUUUCCAUUGGCCGUUGCAUAUUUAUUGACUCUUCUGAUUGGCUGGUCACAAUGCCAGGAUGGAGCGUGCCUGCAAGAUGGGAAACAUAAAGCCACGCCCAGUCCGGAACCUUAUCUGAGAGAUUGCACACUUUAUGCAGAAAAUGCAUGCUGUUCAGAAAACGAUAUCCAGGUGCCUACAGCUUCCUCGGGCCGCCUGGUUCAGGACUUAUUCUGGGAUGGCUGUGGACCCGUCAGCCAAGGGUGCAGGGCCUUCCUGAAACGCGUGGCCUGCUUCCACCUGUGCUCCCCAGACAUUGCCCGCUGGCCCCACCCUCGGCUCCCUGGUUCCUUUCAGGGUGUUCCUCUUUGCCACAGUUUCUGCAGGGACUGGUUCGACGCCUGCAAAGUGGACAGGAUGUGCUCGGGUGACGAAGGGUGGCUCUCCCAGAGAAACAACUGCACAGGCGACUGCGUGACCUACCAGCAGAUGUACCAAGAUGGCCGUGGCCUGUGUGGGCAUAUAGGAGCCGGAUCCUUCACGCCUGUGGAGGAUGAUGACAGGGAGGAGGAGAACUCGCCGUCCUGCGGGUGUCUCACCCUAAGCCCCACGGACAGGGAGGUGAUCGCCGCCCUUAGGGCCCAACAGGAGAACCCCGAUGAGCUAGACACCACCAAGGCCGGCCUGCCCCAGUACCGCGCCCCCUGUCCCAUGCGGGAGCGGCACAGGGGGACCACGCCUCCGCCCCGCGCCCGGAGGGACGGCAAGAACGCUGCGGUGAGCAAGCGCUCCGUCUUCGUGGAGGACGUGGAAGGCAGCGGAAGCGGAUUCUAACGGCGCAUUCCAGAAUAUUCUGGAAGCUAUAGGCCCAACCCCUUUUCUGUCACAUUCUUUUCAACAUCCAGCAUCACUACAAAAUCAAGGUCACAAAGGCAGUGCUCUGCGGGCACAUUGUAGUGAUGUACGUGUACAAUCAACUGCUGGUAGCUAAAUGUUAACCUCAGAUUUACAACAGUUACCAGAGCUAAGCCUGGCUUGCAUGCUUCAGUACCGUCUGCUCAGAUAAGCAGCAUCUUCUUGCCAUAAUCAUGAGACUGUCAGCCCAGCUUCGAAGGUGUUAGCAAUGCAGUGCUUUACUAUGCCAUCUUCACUCGUGGGAACCUCUAUAUUCUGAACAAAAUAAUACCUCCCGGAAAAAAUGGUGUAAACAUGUCUGUCUGGUAAAUCUAAACGUCUGUAGGAAACUGUAUGGAAGGGAGGCGUCGUGCGUAAUCCGAAAAGUCACCCAGGAAUGACUUCAAGAGAAGUCAGAGCGCACGGGGACAUCUGUGUCCUAAUGCUGUGUCCCCAAACCAUAAACCGUACAUCAUGAAAGACACGCUGCACGCAGAGAUGUGUGUUUACGUGACAAGUACCCAGGGCAGCUGAGCAAACAGCUUCCCGUCACAACCGUCUGCGCGGGUUUCAUCUGUGUGUUGUGUCAGGCCCACGUGUAAGCGAUCUGCUUGAGGGGACGUGGGAGGGGGUGCAGGACGUCACAGGAUUGUGAGGUUGGCCGCGGCUAAAAAAGUUGUGGAUUUGUUUGGGUCACAUGAAUAUGGACACCUUAGGUUAUGGUCAGCUGGAAGUUUGCAGAAAUACAAAGCCAAAGCGGUAAAUGUUGAGCAUUUUUGACCAGUGUGGCGUCUGGAUGACAGUGAAAAUUUAAGAUAUUUGUGGCUUAUUAUACUCAGUUAUGGCUAACACUGAGGAGACAUGUGGACUGGAUACGUGGGAGGGGGUGGAUCCCGUGUCAGUCAGCCUGGUUUGGGUAAUGCGACAGAAACAGGCCAAACGCCCAGUCUUUACCAGUACUGUCCGCAGCACCGACCAUCCGCAGCACAAACCGUCCGCAGCACUGACGGAGAUCACCGACAUCCAUUUAUAUGCACCGAUCGCUGAAUAAACAUUGUGUUUCUCUUUUCA